AAUUACAAUACAUACCACCCCCAUUCAUUCAACUGUAGAAAGAAAGAUUCUCAGCUUCAUUUUCCGAUCCGAUCAAGUAACAAGAUAUCGAGAAAAUGGACCCAACAUCCCAAAACGCUACCAAAGGAACCAUCAAUUCUGUUUUUCCUCAAAGGAGGCGCUUUCCUCUGUUUGGUUUUUCUUCAGUACAAAUUCCUGAAGAACUAGCCUCCUUCGAUGACGAUGAAGCUCUGCCUGUUAUUGAUCUGGACAGUCAACUACCGGGAUCCCAACAACAACAACAACAAGAACAGGGUGUCAUUGAAGUGAAGACAUAUCCAGAAUUAUCUGCAGUAGCAAAAUCUUCUUCACAUCAAAACUUCAACAUUCUCAUCCACAUGAAAGCUCCCAAAUCAUCAGAUGAAACCACUGAUCACAAUCAGAACAAGACAUCUACUACUACUACUACAGAUAAUUCCCGUGCAGGUGCCCCGCUUGAUCUGGUUGCCGUCCUGGAUGUAAGCGGAAGCAUGGAUGGGUCCAAGCUUGCUUUGAUGAAACAGGCUAUGGGAUUCGUCAUACAAAAUCUGGGACCUUCAGACAGGCUCUCAAUAGUCUCAUUCUCGGAUCGUUCCCAACGAAUCUGUCCUCUUCGUCUAAUGAACCAGUCAGGUAAACAAUUCGCCCUGCAGUCUGUCCACAACCUAACUAUCCUCGGUGGGACUCACAUCGCCGCCGGAUUACAGACCGGAGCCAAAGUCAUGACUGACCGAAGAUAUAAGAAUCCGGUGGCCAGCAUAAUAUUCUUAUCUGAUGGCUGUGAUACAUACACAGUCAAUAAUCAGAGGAGUAAUAAUAAUAUGGCAGCAGGUUAUGACCAGCUAAUUCCAUCCUCCAUCCGACCAGGCGAAAACAGGCCAUCGGUGCCAAUCCACACUUUUGGGUUCGGUUCAGACCAUGAUCCCGCCUUGAUGAAUACAGUUGCCGAGGCUACACGGGGGACGUUUUCAUUCGUUGAAUCCGUGGACACAAUACAAGACGCCUUCGCUCAAUGCAUUGGUGGGCUUCUAAGUGUGGUGGUGCAAGAACUUCAAGUGAAGGUGGAGUCUGAUCAUAAGGAUCUCCGGUUAAGCUCGAUUAAAGCAGGUAGUUACAAGACUUAUAUACCUCUGGACGCGAGAACAGGGUUUAUUGAAGUCGGGGAUCUGUACGCAGAAGAAGAGAGGAAUUUCCUGGUGGAAAUCGACAUUCCUCAAUCGUCCAAUUCGGAUAGUAUAAUGCAGGUGUUGAAAAUCAGCUAUGCUUACAAGUGCCCAAUUAGCAAGCAACUGAUAACUAGGGAGAAUGUUGAGAAAGCUAGUAUUGAGCGGCCAGAGUUCCUUAUCAUCCCGCCUCAAGUGUCUGUGGAAGUUGAUAGGGAACGUAGCAGAGUAGAGACGGCAGAGGCCAUUGCGAAAGCGAAAGCGGAGGCAGAGGAAGGGAAUCUAGCCGGUGCGAAGGGGACGCUGGAGGAGUGUCGUGGAAGAAUAUCGGGGACGAGAUUGAGGAGGAGGGGUGAAGGGGAUUUGGACGAGGAGAAAGUGUUGGAGUCUUUGGAGGAGGAACUGUUGGAAAUUGAAAAGAAGAUGGUGAAUAUGAGGGUUUACAUGAAAAGUGGAAGGGCUUUGGCAAUGUCAGGAUUGAACUCUCACAUGCAGCAGAGGGCAGCAACAACUAGUUUUGGUUUUGGUUCUAAAAUGCAACUUGACACAUGCAGCGCAACCCGGUCCUCGUCUUACCAGACACCGCAUAUGGCUAAGAUGGUUCAACAAUCUCGCCGGACCCUCAAUUCUAAUUCCGCAGACCAGCGCCUCCCUCCUUCCGAGGCAGAAUUAAUGCCACCACCACCACCAGGUCCCUAGGCUACUGACCUGAAGAAAAGAUACAAACAAAAAUGUUAUGCUUGAUAUAUAUAUCAUCUAUCCUAUCAUUGAAGCCUCAAGGAAUAACACACCAUCAAUCAAUCAAUCAAUAAUGGAACAAGGAUGAUGACUACUUAUGAAACAAAAAAAACAACAGAUUUUCAAGUUCCAACACAUACCUCUUCUCUCUUGUUGUGAUUUGCUUUUUUUUUUUCCUUUGUAACCUUUGAGAACCCAUCUUGUGGCACUUUUUAAUACU